UUGAAACCGAAAGUAAAACUUUCUUGUUACAGCUGGAAAGUUAGAGCCGUGUGAUGUUUUGGGUGUCGGGUGGAGCAGAGUUGUUUAUAGUCUCUGUCACAGGAGGAUGAAGAGCCUCGUGUCCUUCCUGCUGCUCGUGCACGUUUCCCAGAAUGCCUCAGGGGUGGAAGUGUAUGAGGUGUAUGAAGGGGAGGAGUCUGUCCUGGUGCCCUGUCAGGUACCUGUUAAUGUUUCCAGUAGCUCCACAGCAGUGGUCUGGGACCGUGAUGAGUUCAAGAUCCCAACAGUCCACAUGCGUGUGCAGAGCAGAGAUGAUAUUCUGAAUGAUCAGAACCAUCGUUACACCAACCGAACAUCGAUGAAAGCCGACGCCCUGCAGACUGGAGACCUCAGCCUCACCCUGAGGAACCCUACAGUCUCUGAUGGUGGAACCUACACCUGCAUCGUCCGCAAAUAUGGAGAAGAUCAGAGCAAGACACAUGUGCAACUGAAGGUCAAAGAGCGUCCUCCGACCUGGCCCUGGGUCCUCUCUGGCAUCCUGGCUAUCUUGGCUGUCCUGGCUCUCAGCAGUGGGAUCGUCAUGUGUUAUAGAUAUACAAGGAUGAAAUGCCCAGCAGACAGCCAGGUAUUGAUGGUGGAGAUUUCAGAGGGAGAGAAAACGUCUGUCCUGCUGCCCUUUAAGACCACAGAGGAUCUUCCCCAGGACGCCACAGUGGAGUGGAGACUCACUGAACCCAAACACAUGAAGGUCCACGUGUAUGACAGUGGAAAAAAUCAGCCGGACAAACAGGACGAGGUGUACCAAGGCCGCACAGAGAUGAAGGAAGAGCCACUGAGAGAUAAAGACCUCAGUCUGAAACUAAAGGAGCCCCGCGUUACUGACACCGGAGUCUACACCUCCACUGUCAGCAGCAAGGAUGGAAACCUUCUUCAGAAAGUGGUGUCUCUCUCUGUCAGAGAGAGCCAGAUGGAGACGGUGGAGGUGACAGAAUGGAACAAGUCUGUCCUGCUGCCCUUUAAAACCAAAGAUGACCUUCCACAGGAUGCCACAGUGGAGUGGAGACGCUCAGACUCCAAACACAGGAAAGUUCACACGUUUCAGAGCAGCCAGCACCUUUCAGGUGAACAGGACGAGGUUUACACAGGUCGCACAGAGAUGAACAAAGAGGCACUGAGAAUGGGAGACCUCAGUCUGACCCUGAAAGAACUCGGCAUCACUGACAGCGGAGUCUACACCUGCAUCGUCUCCACGCAUGGAAAAGUCCUGAAACAGAAAGUGGUGGUGCUCAGUGUCAAAGUCUACAAGCUUCAGACAGUGGAGGUGACACGGGGGGUGAAGCGUGUUCUGCUUCCCUUCAAAACCACAGCUGACCUGCUUGAGGACAUCAGAGUGGAGUGGAGACGUUCAGACCUUGAAGAUGUGAAGGUCCUUGUUUAUGAGAACAGCCAAAACAAGCAUGAAGAUCAACAUCAGGACUACAAAGGCCGCACUGAGAUGAAGGAAGAACUACUGAUAACCGGGGACCUUAGUGUGACCCUAAAUUACCCUCGGCUUACUGACAGUAGAGUCUACACCUGCACCGUCUACAAAAAAGAUGGAGCCAUCCUGAAACAGAAAGUAGUGAUACUCAGUAUCAGAGACGACAAGGUGGAAAUAGUUGAAGUAACAAAGGGGAAGAAGUCUGUGCUGCUGCCCUUUAAAACCACUCUUGAUUUACCCGAUGAUGUCACAGUUGAGUGGAGACGUGGUGAUUCCAAAGUCACAGUCCACACCUAUCAGCACGGCCAAAACCUGCUAGAAGAACAGGGACCGGAUUACAGAGGUCGCACAGAGAUGAAUGAAGAGACACUGAGGACUGGAGACCUCAGUCUGACCCUGAAAGACCCCCAAAAAAGCCACAGUGGUUUCUACAUGUGCACAGUCUCCCAGGGUGAAGACAUCCUGAGACAGAAAGUUGUGAUGCUUACUUUCAGAGGAAAACAUAGUGCAAGCUUCACAGAGCUGUUUCAAGGUUUCCGAAAGAAGAGAAAAUCCAUAACUGAUGGACCUUCUUCCUCUAAGAUUUAUGAAUCUAUUCAUCUCACGGCUAGUGAAACAACUUGAUGUUAAAUAGAGGAGAGCUGGCAGGAUGAUCCUCAUCUUAUCAUCUUCUGUCUUCCGGAGUACCACAAGAUCUAUAUUAGGGCAACUUAGUUUUCCCUGAAUAUUCUUCUUUGGUUCCAAUUUUAGAAAACAUAAUUUUCUCCUGUGACAUCAUGGAUAUUGUUAUUGUCUCAAGCGGUUCCAAUGACCCACUUGGGACCACUUGAGGUACCCUUCAUGUCCCUUUGGAGCUAAAUAGAGAUAAGGCUGGUUUUCUAGCUUGUAAAAACAAAUGAAAAUGUGUCGACCGUCAGUGUGUUGCUCACAGACUGCAACAUGUUCCAGUGUAAGGUGAGUUCAUUGAUCAAGUCUGCACCUGGAGGAAAGGCGUCUCCUGUUUCUUUACACUAUGACAUGAAAGAGCCAUAUUUUUACAUUUUUAUAUCUGUGGUACUGUGUGUGAUUGUAAUCAUUCAAACCGGUUUGUGAAGCAGUUUAAAGUAAAGCUGUGUAAGCUUGACUUUGUUGCAUAUAUCAGAGGAGCUCUGUCAGUAUUUAAUCUUUUCAUUUAUUUUCAUGAAUUUAUUUUAUGAAAAAGCAAUUUCUACUUCCAUCUUUCUCCACAUUCACAGUUCCAGCUCAUGUUUGUACUGCAGGUUAUCAGACAUGACCAUUAAUGCUGAAGCAAAGAAGAAGUCACACUGACCGAUAGUGAAACUGAGACAGUGACCAGAGAAGUAGAUAAGAGGAAACAAGCUUUAUUUACUGAUCUCAGUUCAGGAUAUUGCUCAGACGAGAGACACAAAAACACAAACCAAGUGUUAAAAAUAAACACCAAAGAUCAGGUGACAUUUGUUUGCAAAGCACUUUAUAAAUAGUAUUCUGUGUAUAAUAGUUUAAAUGUAUGUUUUUAAGUUGAAAAUAUAGUGCAUGAAUGAAAUAUGAAAUAAGAAAACUUACAUAUGGUUUGUCUGUGACACCCCUGAGUUGGGUUUCUAGACACUGGAAACCAAACCAGUACUGUGCCAUAAUGACUCGUGAACCAGCCAAACCUCUGCCGAGUGGUGCUUUCUACUGUCAGGCGACUUUUUGUCUGUGUCACAUCUGUUUUUUCACAAACUACUUUGUUUGAUUUAUACAUGCAGUUUUGCUGUUAAUGGUUUUAUAAGAACUAGCUGGUAGGAUGCUAACAGAUCCAUGUCAUAAAACACAAUUACCAAAUAAUCACCAGCAAACUGUCUUACAGACAGGACGCUGACUUGAACAGUUUAUCAGUUCAUCAUUUUAUAUUAAUGAUAAAUGUUCAGAAUAUUUUUAUUUUUGAUAUACAUGCAUGAUUUAUGUUUCAGCCAUAAAUAGUUUUAUAUUCAUAUAAACAUGACUGAUCAGUGUGUAGCUCAGUAAAGUUCCAUUAAAUCUGUCCACA